AUGGCGAGCCUUUGCAAUGCUCGCAUUGUGCCUCUCUGGCUGGGGCUGUGGCUCCUACUCUUCGUCAGGGUCCGGGGCACUUGCUUGCCAGAAGCUCGGCCGGUGGAAGAAAGGCGAAACCUGACAGAUUCCCAAGGCAGGUCGCUGCCCGUGGGAAUGAAUCACGGCUUCAAUGAGAUCUCGGAAAUCGUCACUCGCAUUGCUGGCAUGCUGAUUCAGGAUGCGUUGGGUUAUAAUGUGCACAUUAACCCACGCUCUGGCGGGGAAAGAGCUUUGUAUUACCUUGCUGGCUGUGAUCAACCACAGAGCAGAACGGGCUGCAAUGACGGUCCCAACCAGUACCACGUCGCGCUGAUACCCAUUUCCGAGCGUCAUUGGGACACAUUGACGGUCUUCAAGUCGAAGAAGCCAGAAAAAGUUGGGACCGGAAUAGGGUAUGAGGCAAUUGCCACGUUGCACAUGACUGAGGAGGUGGCGCAGCAUGCCCUGCAAGAGAAAGGCCUCUCGCUUCAGUAUUACUCAAACUGGAACGCGUCAUGGUGGGACUUGUCCAAGUAUUUUGACAAUUUCACAUCCAUUCCAACAUCGCAGCUCCUUGGCAAUGGAACUCCUGGCAGAGUCUGGCUUGGAGAUCCUACGUUCAUGGCGAAAUACGUGAACAUCACCGGAGAUCUGGGUGGCCUUCACCCAAACGGCACCGGAAUAUGUCCAGAUGGCCACUGGUUUCUAUCACCAAGCUGCAGGGCGAAUCCAUCGAAAUGCGUCCCUGCUAUGUCCCGCGAGUCCUUCUCGGGCGAGGACAUGCAGCAGAUUCUCCAGAAGAGCGCCGCUUUCGACAUGCCCCUCGCCAUCGCCAGAGCACGCCCGGAGUUUGACAGGUCCAUCGUGCUCGAGCGUCGUGUGCUCUUCUGGCUAAACCGGCCAGACCUAGAGCUGCGCGCCGCUCAGCCAGUCCCGGUUAUGUUCCCAGCCUAUGACAAGGUAGCUUAUGACAGUGGAGAUUUCAGAACACUUAGCAGUGGAUUUCUCAGUGCGAAGUGGAUCUCACGUGACCUGGCAGUUCUGGCACCCAGCAUUGUGGACUUUAUCACCCGCCUGGAAAUGUCAACUUCAGUGAUCGAAGCUAUGUUUGAUCGCCUUUACAUUGAAGGCGUUUCAGACGAGGCACUAUGCCAGUGGCUUCUGAAUAAUCGCCGACACUGGACGUCGUGGAUUCCGGAUGAGACACAAUGCAUUCCUGGUUUUGGGCUUUACGAUAGUGUUAAUGGGGAAUACAUUCAGAUGCGUGGGGAAUCCGUGCAGGGAGUGGUGUGCAAGGCAUGCGAGUCCGGCCAUUCAUCGGUGCAGCAGUUCGACGACCGUGGCUACACUCACGUGUGCACAUUGUGCCCUCCAGGGACGAGCCAACCAUCAGGGGCUGCGACCUCUUGCACACGGUGUGGCUUAGGAGAAUACCAGGACAUGGCCGGAAGCAAGGCUUGCAAGCGCUGUGGGGUUGGGAGCUAUCAAGAUGAGCUGGGCGCCACAGCUUGCAAGGCUUGCGUGAACAAUACGACGACAGUGGGCCUGGGCUCGCUGUCAGCUGAGGAAUGUGGAUGCAAUGCGGACUUUAUCAACAUCGCCUCAGCCGGCCCAGCACAGUGCAAGGCGUGCCCAGCUGGCUUGGACUGCCCUCGAUCGUCGAGCGUGCAGUCCUUUUUCAGCGGAGAGUCAGACUUGGGAGAGGAGUUCAUCCCGAAGAUCAAGGAAGGGUACAUGAGUCUUGCAGCAGCAGGUCUGGAGGUUUACCAAUGCGUCAACUCGGAAGCAUGUCCUGGUGGCAAGCCAGGCACCUGCAAGGGCAACAGCACCGGCGUUGCCUGCUCCGAGUGCGAGGAGGAUCAGCGGUGGAACGGAGACGAAUGCUUGCCCUGCGAGCCAUUUAUCAGGGUCGCUUGGUUCGGGGUGCUCGCGUGCGUGUGUUUGGCCAUUCUCCUGGCUCAUGGCUUCAAGUUGGACUAUGAGAUGGGGGUGAACGGCAUGCUCAUUUUCACCUUUCUGAUGCUUUUUGAGGUUGCAGGCAACUUCCUUCAGACCCUGGCCAUCGCUGGGCAAAUGACCCUGGAGUGGCCCCAGCUACUACUCGACAUCUUCUCUGUCAUGGAGGUUUUCGCUUUUGAAGCUACUGACCUUGGCAUCAGCUGCAUUGCCGGCUCGGCUCAGCUGGCACAGUUCACUUUGCAGGUGAGCUUGUUUCCUGGUGCGCUUCUCUGGCUGGUCUGCUGCAAUCGCAUCUUGCGCUUGGUUGGCCGUGUCCGCACGGGCACGCAGCUGAUGUCCUCUUUGGGGCAGAUUGUGAUGGCCUGCUUCAGUGCAGUGAGCAAUCUCUCCCUGGUGCCCUUCAUGUGCUUUCAGCAUCCGAACGGUCAGCAGAGCAACCUACAGAUGCUUAGCAUCAUCUGUGGCUCCAGCGAUCAUACCGUAAUGCUGGUGAUGGGCUCUAGCCUGGGCGCUUUGCUUAUCGCCUUUUGGUGUGUUUGCGUGUGGCUUCUAUGGUCUCUGCCACGGUUCAGCAUGAACGAGAAGUACCACGACUACGUCGUUGCAUCCCAGUUUCUCAUCGACAAGUUCCGCCUUGAUGCCUGGUGGUUUGGCCUUCCUCUCCUGUUGCGUGGUGCUCUCUUAUCCUUCCCCUUGAUGUUGUUCACCAACAAUCCGGCAAGCCAAGUUAUCUCGAUGACCUUCAUUCUGAUUAUUUACAUGGUGUUUUUGAGCUUGGCCUGGCCAUUCAAAGUUCCGCUCUUGAACGCCGUGGAAACCGCCUGUGGCUGGGCCUUGAUUUUGUUGAUUCUGGGAGGAGCCCUUCACAUGCCGAAGAUGGAUACAGAGAUGCUCUUGUCUGCUGCCAUCGUGACAGUAGGCUCCCUUCUUGUCGCCUUGGUCGUCCUCUUGGUUUCAGUGCUGUCUGUUGGAUGUACUGGCGUGCGCAACUUGCGAGCCUCUGAUGGGACCAGAUUCAGAUUGCUGGAUUUGGCCAAGCUUCCAGACUAUGAUGAGCUGGCCGACCUCAUCCGUGAGAGCGCCACUCAUCUUGUGGACUUGCAACAUGGCAGCCUGACCGAAGAAUUGGGCACCUUGGCGCCCUUUGAUCUCAAGCUGCUCCAUGCUUGCAUGUCAAUGGUUGUUCUCGAAGAGUCCAAGUCGUAUUCGAAGGCUCGCUCCAACGCGAGCUUGGGCAGUUCCCGCUCCCGCUCAGGCCUGAGCGAAGACGGUGAUCAGAGGAACCGCUCCAACCUGUCCUUGGCCUCCAAGUCAAGCUUGAGUCAAGAGGAUGAGAGCCCGAUUGAGUCGCCAGCAGAAGAGGUCAAUCAAACUAUUCGGCCGAAGUCUGAGCAGAUUGGUGCGCCGGGGGGUGCGCCGGAGAAAUUUCCACAUUGUGAUCAGCAAGAUUACGAAACAGUUCAGUUUUGA